AUGCUCGACCACCAAAUUGAGUUCUCGCAAGGCAUAGCCGAAAUAUACAAGCCAAUAUCCGGUCGCAUGUCUGAUCCGAACUCUCUGAUACCGGAAGGGAACCCAGAAGGCAUACGUGCAUGCGAAGAGUACGAGAGCAUAGUACGGGAUUUGAAAGCUACUCUACAGCCCGAGCUAGAGAUGAUUGAGCAGAGAGUUAUUGCGCCUGCGGACCAGCUGCUAGAGGUCGUUAAGGUCAUUCGCAAGAUUGUCCUCAAGAGACAGCACAAACAGCUCGAUUACGACCGGCAUCGCGCGGUUUUGAAGAAGUUACAAGAUAAAAAGGAAAAGACCUUGAAGGAUGAAAAGGCCAUGUUCAAGGCAGAGAACGACGUGGAACAAGCAACACAGGACUUCGAAUAUUUUAACAACCUCCUCAAGGACGAGCUGCCUAAACUCUUCGGCCUCGAAGCCGAGUUCAUCCGACCUCUCUUCCAAUCGUUUUACUACAUGCAGUUGAACGUUUUCUACACCUUGCAUGAGAAAAUGCAAGCUAUAAACAUUGGUUACUUUGACCUAACGCUCGAUAUCGAAGCAGCCUUCGAGAAGAAGCGAGGAGAUAUCAAAGAACAAGCCGAAGCCUUGUCAAUAGUCCAUUUCAAAGCAGCAGGUGUGAAGAGAACAAACACACUGCAAUCCAAGUUUGGUGGCUCAAAAUAUGCACAAAAAGCAGAAGAAGCGAAAGCGGCACGUAUCGGUGGCCGCCACCACGACCCAGAAGCAGGCGAAGCUAACCCACCUCCACCAUACUCUCCAGGUUUGGCGAGCACAACCACUUCUACACCAGCCAGCCCUUCAUUAAGCGCAGCGAUAGCAGCAAAGGGAAAGCCACCGCCACCAAAACCAAAGCCUAGCAGAUUGAGUGGUGUGCCAGCUGCAGAGACUGUGACUGCGCUGUACGAUUAUGAGGCACAAGCGGAAGGUGAUCUAAGCUUUGUUACAGGCGAGACCAUUGAGAUCAUUUCGAGAACACAAAACGAGAACGAAUGGUGGACGGGCAGGGUAGGUGGGAGACAGGGGCAGUUUCCAGGCAACUAUGUACGCCUCAACUAA